CCUUCUCUCCUCUCUCCCACCAUCCUUCUCUCCUUUCCUCUUGCCUCCGACCCUCUCCUCCUCUGUUUCUCCCUCUCUCCCUGAGAAAGAACAGAUUAUCACAGAAUGCAUCAACACUGUAGCAACCCGUCUGUGAUGUCAUUGGGAUUCUUGGUAGACUUUACAGCAGUCAGCCAGUCAGCCAGUCAGCCAGUCAGUCAGCCAGUCAGCCAGGACCUAGUGACUCUUCUCUCCUCUGUGACGUCAAUACUACCUGGCUCUAAUCAUCUUUCCCUGUGCCUCUCUGUUUUCCUGACAGCUUACCUUUUACCAAAAACAAAGUGAUUUAAAGCUGCCCACACGCCAUGUUUUCACUAAUUCAUCUUCACCUGUGUCUCUGUGUGUGUUUCAGAGAUGUGUGUGUGUGUUUCUGUGUGUGUGUGUGUCUCACGUGCACAGAUUGUUUACUGGAAGAAAUGAGAGGAAUUCUAGAGGGAUGGCGGCUCGCAAGGGGCUUGGUUACCAUGGUUACUUAACCCCUGCAUGAGAACACAUUUACCCAGGUGCAGUUUGGACCAAUGAGGUUAUACGAAGAUCAUCUUGAGGUACUGUUAGUAUUUGCCAAAGAGGACAGCCAGAAUAAUGGGUUCUGCUGGGCGUGUGAGAAGGCCAACUUCAAGUGUAACGUGGCGAGGACGCCAGAGGCGGCGCUGGAGUGUUUCCAGGAAAAGCACCACGACCUCGUCAUCAUCGACCACAGACAUUCCAGAUACUUCGACGCUGAAUCACUAUGCCGGUCAAUCAGGGCGGUGACCUCUUCAAAAAACACUGUGAUAGUCGCUGUAGUAAAAAGGCCAGACAGGGAGGAGGCCUCGGUGAUGCCCCUUAUCAAUGCUGGCUUUAACAGGAGAUAUGUGGAGAACGCUAACAUGAUGGCCUGUUACAAUGAGCUGCUGCAGCUGGAGCAUGGAGAAGUUCUGGCACAGUUCAAACUGAGGGCGUGUAAUGCUAUCUUCACAGCAUUAGAGCAGAGUCAGGAGGCCAUAGAGAUCACCAAUGAGGAUCAAGUCAUUCAGUAUGUGAACCCUGCCUACGAGAGCAUCAUGGGUUACCAGCAAGGUGAACUAAUAGGGAAGGAAAUAAUAGAAGUGCCUAAAAGUGAAAAGAAUAAGCCUGAUCUCCUUGAAACGAUAAACUCCUGCAUACGGAAAGGAAAGGAGUGGCAGGGGAUUUAUUAUGCCAAAAAGAAGAACGGGGACAGUGUGCAACAAAAUGUGAAGAUCACACCUGUGAUCGGACAGGGAGGUAAAAUCAGACACUACGUGUCUAUCCACAGGCCUUUACAUGAUCACAAUAAGACAUCCAGUGAACGGGUGCAGGCAGAGUCUCAGACAGACAUCCAGUCCAGUAAGCAUAAGGACCGGAGGAAAGGCUCGUUGGACGUCAGAUCGACUACGUCUCGAGGGAGCGAUGGCAGUUCCCAGAGAAGACACUCCUCCAUGGCCAGAAUCCACUCCAUGACCAUCGAAGCUCCAAUCACCAAGGUGAUCAACAUCAUCAACGCAGCCCAGGAGUCUAGUCCAAUGCCCGUAGCAGAGGCCCUGGACCGGGUCCUGGAGAUCCUGAGGACCACAGAGCUCUACUCUCCUCAGCUGGGCACCAAGGAGGAAGACCCCCAUACUAACGACCUGGUGGGAGGACUGAUGACGGAUGGUUUGCGCAGAUUAUCAGGAAACGAAUACAUCUUUGCUACGAAGCAGCCCCACCUCCCAAGUCACCUAGCCAUUCCCCUGUCGUUGAAUGACAUCCCUCCUCACGUUGCCCAGACAAUGGAGAAUGAAGACUCCUGGGACUUUGACAUCUUCAACCUGGAGACUGCCUGUCUGAAACGGCCUCUGACCUAUCUGGGCCUGAAGAUCUUCUCUCGGUUCGGGGUGUGUGAGUUCCUGAGCUGUCCCGAGGCCACUCUCCGCUCCUGGCUGCAGGGGAUCGAGGCUAACUACCACUCCACCAACUCCUACCACAACUCCUCACAUGCUGCCGAUGUCCUGCACGCUACCGCAUACUUCCUCUGCAAGGAGAGGGUCAAGCAAAGUCUGGAGCAGAUUGAUGAGGUGGCAGCUCUGAUAGCAGCCACGGUACACGACGUGGAUCACCCGGGACGCACCAACAGCUUCCUGUGUAACGCAGGAAGUGAGUUGGCCAUCUUGUACAACGACACGGCCGUGCUAGAGAGCCACCACGCUGCCCUUGCCUUCCAGAUCACCACACGGGACGACAAGUGUAACAUCUUCAAGAACAUGGAGAGGAAUGAGUACCGUACACUGCGUCAGGCCAUCAUAGACAUGGUGCUCGCCACAGAGAUGACAAAACACUUUGAGCACGUCAACAAGUUCGUCAACAGCAUCAACAAGCCGCUGGCCGCGCUGGAGGAGAACGGGGGAAUCGGCGACGAGGAGUCUGUCAAAGGCAUCCUAACGUCCCCAGACAACCGGAUCCUUGUCAAGCGCAUGCUGAUCAAGUGUGCCGACAUCUCCAAUCCGUGCCGACCGCUGGAGCUGUGUAUAGAAUGGGCCGGACGCAUCUCAGAAGAAUACUUUGCACAGACUGAUGAGGAGAAGAGGCAGAGUCUACCGGUGGUCAUGCCUGUGUUUGACAGGAACACCUGCAGCAUUCCUAAGUCCCAGAUCUCCUUCAUAGACUACUUCAUCACAGACAUGUUCGACGCCUGGGAUGCGUUCGCAGACCUUCCCAACCUCAUGCAGCACCUGGACAACAACUUCAAGUACUGGAAAGGCCUGGACGAGCGGAAGCUGCACAGCCUGCGUCCUCCCCCAGAGUAGGAGCACCCUGACUGGGGUCGAUGCCAGGCCCUGGGCCCCUCCUUGGUUCCUGUCCGUCCAGGGCUACCAAGCCUUCACUCUUCUGCUUCUGUAACACGCCAUCAAGCGUCCACAUGUCCGUCCAACAGAGACAACACAUACUGACAGACGGACGGACGGACAUGCUGCAGCAACACCAGGCUCUUGCUUCAUACAUAAACCUCGCAAGCUCAGAAUGGAUGAUGGACAGACACACGGAGCCUCAGAGUCCUUAUAAACUACCAGUGCCUGGUGGGCUUGUCUGUAUGCUCCUACUGCUGCCAGUGAGGCUGUGUGAGGGACUGUUCUUCUCCCAGCCAACCUAGUGAUGGAUGUACCGUCCCCUAAUACUCACACACACACGGGUUCCCCCUGCCUCUCUCUCUGUCUCUCUGUCAGUCAGAGACUGAUGAUGUUACUGUCUCUCCGCAGACUGACUGCUGGUUCACUGUUGGUAGAGCUAUGGAGAAACACACACAAACUGAACAUUGAGAUGUCAGGUGGUUUCAAGUCUCUGGCACCUCCAAUGAAAAACUGUUUGGAGGAUCAGCUGAUGGGACAGGUCACAAUACACCGUUUUUCCUUCCAAAUGGCACCCUAUUCCCUAUAUAGUGCACUACUUUUAGGAUAAAAUAGUCUAUGGGGCUCUGGUCAUAAGAAGUGCACUUUAUAUAGAGAAUAGGGUUCCAUUUGGGAUGGCCCACAAUGUCAAAUCCACGUCAGACCGUACUACCCAGUGUGUGGUGGGCAUUCGACCGGAUAAAUCCCUAUAUCGCCCCCCAGUGGCCACCAGGUUGAACUACACUCCACCUCCACCAGCUGCCACCAUCACCCUUCACUAUGUCUUCUAGCUGUACUGCCACUAUCACCCUUCACUAUGUCUUCUAGCUGUAUUUCCUUUGUUUCUUUGUCCUUCAGAAGCACCUCGUCCACUAGAGGACCUGUAGCGACGGGAUGGGACACGAGGCCGUCCUAAACACACUAAAACUGUCUUCCAUAUAACACCCUAUUCCCUUUAUAGUGCACUACUUUUGACCAGAACCCUAGUCAAGAGUACUGCACUAUUGCUGUAUAGGCCCUGGUCAAAUGUAGUGCACUAUAAAGGGAAUAGGGUGCCAUUUUGGGAUGCAUCCAGAGACAUACGGUUGGGUGGGGUGGGGGUGUGACCACGGGUGUUCAGUGGGUGGAGCUAAUUAACUGUCCUCAGGCCACUGGUGAAAGACACAAACAUUCAGACAUCUAGGUCAUUAUUACAGACAAUUUGGUAUUUUUAUUUUUGUUUUAAAUGUUCCAUAUUUUCUUUAUAAAAAAAAAAUAAUGAGUAACAUCAAUUAAUGAAUUAUCUGAUGAUGAGGAUGAUGACGAUGAUGAAGAAAUUAGAACAAAAAUAAGAAAAUAUGAAAGAAAGAAAAGCCAAAGCUGAAUAACAUAAUGUUAUAUAACUCUCUGAGUCUUGUCGAGGAUGAUGAGGAGGAGGAGGAUUAUUAUCCAUAAGAAAACAUUAACGUUGUAAACAUUUUUUUAUUUUAGUACAGUAUCAGUUUGAAUGGACAUCUUUGUAUUGCACUGUAAAACAACAGUUGAAUUGUCUAUAAUGUCUCAGUGAUUUAGUCCAUGGAUGGGAAUCGGGACAUUAACUUGUGGGAUAAGCUGUUGUUGUCUAUCUCUGUGAGUUUGUAUGUGUGUGUCACAUUUCAGUUGAAUACAUUCAGUUGGACAACUGACUAGGUAUCCCCCUUUCCAUCGGCAAUCCCACCUGUCUGUGGAUUUAACAAACGCUGUUGACCGACAAAAGAAACUCACGUCAUCCCGCUACAGCAGAAAUCUGAGAACAAGAAAAACUAUGUUUUGGACUAGAAAGAUGAUUUUUCUCACAGAAAUGUUUGUAUCAGGUUUAUCCUACUGAAACAGACUGCCUUAUUUUAUACAAUAUUUCUACAGUACAUCGUAGAGCUACAGUACAUCGUCCCAGCUACAGUACAUCGUCCCAGCUACAGUUCAUCGUCCCAGCUUCAGUGCAUCGUCCUAGCUACAGUACAUCGUCCCAGCUACAGUUCAUCGUCCCAGCUACAGUACAUCGUCCCAGCUACAGUACAUCGUCCCAGCUACAGUUCAUCGUCCCAGCUUCAGUGCAUCGUCCUAGCUACAGUACAUCGUCCCAGCUACAGUACAUCGUCCCAGCUACAGUACAUCGUCCCAGCUACAGUUCAUCGUCCCAGCUUCAGUGCAUCGUCCCAGCUACAGUACAUCGUCCCAGCUACAGUACAUCGUCCCAGCUACAGUACAUCAUCCCAGCUACAGUGCCAGGUCCCAGCUACAGUACAUCGUAGAACUACAGUACAUUGUCCCAGCUACAGUACAUCGUAGAGCUACAGUACAUCGUAGAGCUACAGUACAUCGUAGAGCUACAGUACAUCGUCCCAGCUACAGUACAUCGUAGAGCUACAGUACAUCGUCCCAGCUACAGUACAUCGUCCCAGCUACAGUACAUCAUCCCAGCUACAGUACAUCGUAGAACUACAGUACAUCAUCCCAGCUACAGUACAUCGUCCCAGUUACAGAACAUCGUCCCAGCUACAGUACAUCGUCCCAGCUACAGUACAUCGUAGAGCUACAGUACAUCGUCCCAGCUACAGUACAUCGUAGAGCUACAGUACAUCGUCCCAGCUACAGUACAUCGUAGAGCUACAGUACAUCGUAGAGCUACAGUACAUCGUCCCAGCUACAGUACAUCGUCCCAGCUACAGUACAUCGUCCCAGCUACAGUACAUCGUAGAGCUACAGUACAUUGUCCCAGCUACAGUACAUCGUCCCAGCUACAGUACAUCGUAGAACUACAGUACAUCGUCCCAGCUACAGUACAUCGUCCCAGCUACAGUACAUCGUCCCAGCUACAGUACAUCGUAGAGCUACAGUACAUCGUCCCAGCUACAGUACAUCGUCCCAGCUACAGUACAUCGUAGAGCUACAGUACAUCAUCCCAGCUACAGUACAUCGUCCCAGCUACAGUACAUCGUAGAACUACAGUACAUCGUCCCAGCUACAGUACAUCGUCCCAGCUACAGUACAUCGUCCCAGCUACAGUACAUCGUAGAGCUACAGUACAUCGUCCCAGCUACAGUACAUCGUCCCAGCUACAGUACAUCGUAGAGCUACAGUACAUCGUAGAGCUACAGUACAUCGUAGAGCUACAGUACAUCGUCCCAGCUACAGUACAUCGAAGAGCUACAGUACAUCGUUGAGCUACAGUCCAUCGCCCCAGCUACAGUACAUCAUCCCAGCUACAGUACAUCGUCCCAGCUACAGUACAUUGUAGAGCUACAGUACAUUGUCCCAGCUACAGUACAUCGUAGAGCUACAAUACAUUGUCCCAGCUGCAGUACAUCAUCCCAGCUACAGUACAUCGUAGAACUACAGUACAUCGUAGAGCUACAGUACAUCGUCCCAGCUACAGUACAUCGUCCCAGCUACAGUACAUCGUCCCAGCUACAGUACAUCGUAGAACUACAGUACAUCGUAGAGCUACAGUACAUCGUCCCAACUACAAUACAUCGUAGAACUACAGUACAUUGUCCCAGCUACAGUACAUCGUAGAGCUACAGUACAUCGUAGAACUACAGUACAUCGUCCCAGCUACAGUACAUCGUAGAACUACAGUACAUCGUCCCAGCUACAGUACAUCGUCCCAGCUACAGUACAUCAUCCCAGCUACAGUACAUCGUAGCACUACAGUACAUCGUCCCAACUACAGUACAUCGUAGAGCUACAGUACAUCGUAGAACUACAGUACAUCAUCCCAGCUACAGUACAUCGUAGAACUACAGUACAUCGUCCCAGCUACAGUACAUCGUAGAACUACAGUACAUCAUCCCAGCUACAGUACAUCGUAGAGCUACAGUACAUCCCACUGUGCAAUGGAUAAGGACAUAUGGACGUUUUUUAAUAACAUAGUCAGAAAACAAAUGUAUGUUCAAGUAAAUGUCAAUAUUUUUAUAGACUGAAUUUUACACUGGAGUGACAGGAAUAACAGAACAACUUAUUUACUAUCUGGGUACCUGCUGUGAAAUGUUUUGUUGGGUUGGUAGAGAGACAUUUCACUUCUGAAAACAUAGAAACUCUGUCUGUGUCCUAAAUUGCACUCUAUUCCCUAUAUGGUGCAUCUCUGGUUAAAAGUAGUGCACUAUAUAGGGAAUAGGUUGCCAGCCCUGGUCUAAAGUAGUGCACUAUAUAGGGAAUAGGGUGCCAGCCCUGGUCUAAGGUAGUGCACUAUAUAGGUAAUAGGGUGCCAUUUGGUACGCACUCUAUAUGAUUCUAAUUAUUAAGGAUGUGGAUCACAGAAUUGUCUAUCACUGUCUUUUCCCCUCUGUCUCCUAGAAACCAGCUUGCUUUGACUUGAUGUUGACCAACGUCGUCCUAUUAUUGGCCAUUUGUUCAAGAUCCUUGUAACAUGCAGACAAGGAGUCUCUUUACCCAGGGUGCUCUGCCCAAGGGUGCUUUCAGAUGAGGAUACUAAUAUAUGUUAAACAAUGUUGCAUAUUAAGAUGAUUUCUUAUUUAAACAGUAUAUAUAUAAAAUACCAGAACACAUAAGCGAACGUCGGUUGAUGAUGAUGUGUUUUGUUAUUAUUGACCGAUGAGUAACUUAAUAACUCUUUCAGGCUGAAUUGAACACUGAAUCAGGGAAUUAGUUUGUUCCUUAUGAUUCACUACUACUUCUGGUCUGAAGGCACCGGAAAAACAAAUUAGAAAUGAAUCAAUGGAGAAUAAAAUAAUGACAAUGAC